AUGGUCGAUCACGUUUUAUUGUUGGAUGAUCAAUUAAUGAUGAGAGAAUGCCAUGAUUAUUUGUUAUAUCAACAAGUGAAUUGGAUGAAGCACGUAAUUGGUCGAGCUCAGCUUGACGAUANUUUCGGUGGAAAUAGUAUUGGGGUUCUUUUUGGUUAUGGAAAUGGUACAAUGAGCUCUGUCGCCAAAUUUCCCACAGGAAAUCGAACAUACUAUACUCGAAUCACUGCAGGUGAUUUCAACAAUGAUGGAAUUUCGGACAUUGUCGUUAAUCCCACUUCAAGAUCAGUUGUUCUUGUGUUAGUGGGAUAUGGUGAUGGGAACUUUGAUACUCAACUGGUGUUCUCCACUGGACUGAUUGGUAGUUACGCUUGGGUUGUUCCUGCAGAUUUCAAUAACGAUGGAUGUCAGGAUAUUCUUGCUUCGGAUGACACAGCUGGUGCUGUGUUCGUUUUGCUAAACAUCUGUGCAUGCCGAACAAAUAGUACGAUUCUGACGACUACAUCGAUGUACCCUUAG